GGCUGCGGAGGGCGAGACGGGCUGCGGGCGAUGGCGGCAGUAGCGGCGGCGGGGCUGCAGGGCUGGCUGCUGGCUGCGCUGUGCCUGGGCCACGCCGCCGGGGAGGUGGCACAAGGCCCUCGAGUGCUGGGCGUCUGCCUGGAGCAGGCUGGAGCCGCGGGCUCGUCGUGGGCACACGGAGGGGAGGUGCCGGCUGCGUCCGAGGCCACCUUCCGCUUGCGCCUCUUCGGCUCUGGUUUCGCUAACAGCUCCUGGUCUUGGGCGGCCCCCGAGGGGGCGGGCUGCCCCGAGGGCGGGCCGGCUGCGGCGCCUGGGGAGGCGUUGGCCACUACCGGCGAGUGGCGGGCGCUGCUGCGCCUGCGCGCGGAGGCAGAGCGCCCGCACUCAGCACUGCUGGCAAUGCGUGGGGAGCCUGGGGGCACAGCUGCUAAAGAGGCCGCGGCGGCCUCCGCAGGCGAGUGGCGUGCAUUGCUGCGCCUGCGUGCUGAGGCGGUGCGGGCGGAUCCGAGCGUCUCGGCGGCGUUUCAGGAGGCGUUGCCGACCUGGGUGCUUGGCCUAGGGGCGGCGGGGCUGCUGGCGCUGGCAGCCCUGGCACGAGGCCUCCAGUUGAGCGCGCUGGUGCUGGCACCAGCCGAGGUGCAGGUGCUGCGGGAGAACGGCUCAGAGGCUGAGCGCGCGGUGGCGCGGCGCCUGGAGCCAGCGAGGCGCUGGGCCGGCUGCGCCCUUGGCGCGCUGCUGCUGUUAGCCAGCCUGGCGCAGGCGGCGCUGGCUGUACUGCUGUACAGCGCAGCCGGCCAGCGCGCCUUGCCGGCCGUCUUGGGCAGCGCAGGGCUCGCGUUCCUGGUAGCCGAGGUGCUGCCGGCCGCCGUGAGUGGGCGCUGGACACUGGCUCUGGCCCCACGCGCUCUGGCGCUCAGCCGCCUGGCCGUGCUGCUCACCUUGCCUGUGGCCUUUCCCGUGGGGCAGCUGCUGGAGCUGGCGGCGCGACCUGGGCGGCUGCGAGAACGGGUGCUGGAACUGGCAAGAGGCAGCGGCGACCCCUACAACGACCUAAGCAAGGGCGUGCUACGCUACCGGACAGUGGAGGAAGUGCUCACGCCGCUUGAGGACUGCUUCAUGCUAGACGCCAGCACCGUGCUGGACUUUGGUGUUUUGGCUAGCAUCAUGCAGAGUGGGCACACGCGCAUCCCUGUGUACGAGGAGGAGCGCUCCAACAUCGUGGACAUGCUCUACCUCAAGGACUUGGCUUUUGUGGACCCUGAGGACUGCACGCCCCUCAGCACCAUCACUCGCUUCUACAACCACCCGCUCCACUUUGUCUUCAACGACACGAAGCUAGACGCUGUUCUGGAGGAGUUCAAGCGAGGGAAGUCCCACCUGGCCAUCGUGCAGAAGGUCAACAACGAAGGUGAAGGUGACCCCUUCUAUGAGGUGCUGGGCCUGGUCACCCUGGAGGACGUCAUUGAGGAGAUCAUCAAGUCCGAGAUCCUGGACGAGUCUGAGGACUACGGAGACGCCAUGGUGAGGAAGAAGCCUGCUUCUCUCAGUGCCCCCCUCAGACGGAAAGAGGAUUUUUCCUUGUUCAAGGUGUCUGACGAUGAGCAUAAAGUGAAAAUCUCGCCUCAGCUUCUCUUGGCUACCCAGCGCUUCCUUUCCCGAGAGGUGGAUGUGUUUAGCCCAUUACGAAUCUCAGAGAAGGUCCUGCUGCACCUGCUGAGGCACCCCAGCGUCAACCAGGAGGUGAGAUUUGAUGAGAGCAACCGCCUGGCUGCACAUCAUUACCUGUACCAGCGCAGCCGGCCUGUGGAUUACUUCAUCCUCAUUCUGCAGGGCAGGGUUGAGGUGGAGAUUGGGAAGGAGGGCCUGAAGUUCGAGAACGGGGCCUUCACCUAUUACGGCGUGUCUGCGCUGACCGUGCCGUCCUCGGUUCACCAGUCCCCAGUGUCCUCGCUUCAGUCCCUCCGCCAUGACCUGCAGCCCGAGCCAGCUGACGGCACCCACUUGUCCACGUAUUGUCCUGACUACACCGUGAGGGCCCUCUCUGACCUGCAGUUCAUCAAGGUCACACGACUACAGUACCUCAAUGCACUCCUGGCUACACGAGCCCAGGACCUGCCACCGUCCCCUGAGAACUUGGACCUUCAGGUCAUUCCAGGCAGCCAGACCAGGCUCCUCAGUGACAGGACAGCCUCAGCAGCAGCAGCCUGCCCAGUAGAUGUUUCCUUCUUUGGCACAUUUGGAAACUGCAUUUGAUAAUUGACUGGACUAGUGAGCAUUUUUUGUUUUAAGAAAACACCCAAGGUUCCAACCACAGCAGACCCAGCCUCCCGGCAGAGGAGAGCCCUGGGCGGAACCCAGGGGUUUAACUGCUUGCCAGGCAGCCCCAGGUCUGGGGAAUAGACAAGCACGUGGGGAAUGGAGAGAGUCCAGCUGCGGAGCAGCUUCCCACCAGCCUGUCCUCAUCCCUUCCAGGCCACGUUUUAGAUGGCCCUUACAGAUGUGGGUCCUGAGCUGUUCUCAGAACCAGGCGUCAGUGCCAGGAGCCUUCAGGAGGUCCUGCCUCCUUUAGGAAAUGGGGGUCAGCUAGGCACAGCCCCCCAGGCCUGCUUCUGAAGGGAGUCCAAGGAACACCAUCAUUUCUGUUUUCCAGGCCCAGCCUUCUCCCAGUGACAGUACAGUGUGUCUGUACCCUUUGGGCCAACCCAGGAUGUGAGUGCACAAUUCCUGCCUUUGUGUGGCUGUGACCUGUACUCACUUUGCUCCUAAUCUGCCAAUCUUCUGCUGCUGGCAGCACUGUCUGAGCAAACCAAGAGCACCAGUUUUGGCUGGAGUUUCAAAUCCAUGGCCAAGGCCAUGGUGAACUUUGUGGCUUUCCUGACAAUGCCACAUUUCAGAGCACACACCAGCCUGUCCUAUGUGCCAAACCUGGAAGCACGAUUCUUCACAAGUCUGUGCCACUAGUCCUGCCCCUCCUGUGGAGGUGGCUUUUCUGACCUUUUUAGAGCCCUAAGCAUGCCACCUGGCCCCCUGGGGGACUGACAAGGCCUGCUCUUCCUGCUGCACCUCUGCCUGUCUUGCUUAGUGGUGAUUAAUAAUACUGUCAUUUUGUGUUUUAACAAGAGGUCACAUAUGAGAGGAAGGGCUCUUUUGCUGCACCUAAUCCUUCCUUCCUUGUCAGAUCCAGGGGGAGUGACCAACUGUCAGACGCCAUCACACUGUCUUCCUGGCCCUUGGUGGGGGACCUUGCGAGGGGUGCAUGGAGGGCAGCGAGGGGGGGAAGGGCUGGAGGAGGACCAGGUGGGUCACCGUCAUCUUUCUUUAAAAAAAAAAAACAACCAAAAACAUGAAAUCAGAGUUUUUCUAUAUCUCUGAAACAUUUUAAGCUCUUUGCCUAUUUUCUGUCCCUAGCCGUUGGGUUUUAGAGAAUCAGGAAUGAGAAGGCAUGUCUUUUUCUGGUUUACCUCUGUUUACUGUCCACAGUUCUUUGUGUAGAAAUGGGGGCAUCACAGGGACCUAAGGAUCUGAAAUUGGGUAGGGCGAGCGGAGGAUUUCUGGAAAAUUUCUCAGAGGAAUUUGGGUCCUUAUUGGGGAUCAGUGGGGAUGAAGGUCUCCAACAGUAGUGAUGUGCUUGCUGAGAAGUCGUUCUCACGGAAUUGACUCCGAGAGCAAAAUCCCAGGUGGGAAACAGACACAGCAGGUCCUUGAAUAAUGUCUCAUUCUGAUGUGGACGAGUUGCCCUAGGAACUUAACUCUGGCUUAGUACCAAUCAGCCUGUGGUAAAAUUGAUUUUGUUGUAGUCGGUUUGCUUAAAGUUGCAGAACCUGUUUGAUAUUAAGUGAGGACUUCACUUUAAAGUCAUCUUGCUCCUGAACAGUGGUUCUUCCCCUUGGCUGCACAUUGGAAUCACCUGGCAAGUUAAAAAACACUGCUGGGGGCCCACCCCAGGAUUCAGCAUCAGGACCUUAUAUUUUAAAAAUAAUUUUAGAUUCAUAGAAGAGUUCCACGUAGCUCCCCUUCAUCUAGCUUUCCCCAGUGUUAAUAUCUUACAUCACCUUGGUAACUUUAGCAAAACUAAGAGAUUAACAUUGGUACAAAGAGAACUAAAUUACACUUUAUUUGGAUUUUACCAGUUUUUCUAAUGUCCUCUUUCAGUUGCAGGAUCUAAUCCAGGAUACCAUUUUGCAUUUAGAGCUAUUACCUUACUUUUCUCUUUGUUUUGAAAUAAUUACAGAUUCAGAGGAAGUUGCAAGGAUAGAGGUACCCUUCACCCUGUUUUCCUUAAUGGUUACAUCUUUCUUAGUUACAGUACAGUAUCAAGCCAGGAAUCAGACACUGGGCAGUGGGGGUGCAUUGUUCUGUAUCAUCUCACGUGGAGCUUGUGUAACCCCCACUACAGUCUAGGCACAACUGUCCCAUCAACAUCAGGAUGUCCCUCCAACUACCCUUUCAGAGCCACCCUCCCCCACCCCCCAAACCCCGCCACCAUCCCUGAUCUCCAGUAACCACUAAUGUGUUUGUCAUCUCUAUAAUUUUAUUUCAAGAAUGUUACAUAAAUGGGAUCAUACAGUGUGCGGCCAUUUGGGGCUGGCUUUCCGGAGCGCAUGCCAUGGAGGUCCAUCCAGGUGGUUGGCAUGUGUCGGCAGUGCAUCCCUUUUGGUGGUUGCAUGAUGUUCGUGGUAUGUGCUCAUUGUUCCGGUUAAGGACAUCUAGGUGGCUUCCACUACUUGGCUCUCCCAAAUAAAGCUGCUAUGAACACUCAUUA